GGAAUAUAUGACAUGACGUCCGUGCUGCCGUCGGCGAGUGCGUCCAGAGAGGAUUUUGUCAUUUGCUCCAUUUGUCUUUUCUGCUUCCAGUGAGUGCAUCCGAGCUCAGAUCGCCUCUCCUGGCUACUGUGCAUCAUUCUCUGUGACAGUGAGAUCCUCCUUGUCUCUCAGUGAGCAGUUCCACCGUGGUGCUCUCCAGGUUUAUGGCAUGUAAGCACAGGGAUAACCAGAGAACUCAGCCGAGCUGGUACAUGGUAUUGGGCCAGCCCGCUGUGGUGGCUUGAGAGUCAUAAGCCACAGGCCAGUGAAGAUUUGUGACAGCAGAUGGACUGAAUCUGUGGUUAAGUGUGUCGUUAUGAACAUGGACACUGGAUCUCUGCAAGCUGGUUAGGCUUGCUCAAUGAACAAAUAACUGGAUUCCAUUUUACUGUCUUAGCGGCCAGCUGCUCAGAAUACAUCUGUCAGUUGGGCCUGCUUCAUAACAGUCCCAUUUUCUCCACUCCUGUUGUGUAGCAGGAAUCUUAAAAGUUCUUAUUAAUGAAAUCAAACCUGAGCCAGUUAUUGGCGUGAACACUGGAAGAUCAGAGAGACAGAACAAGCCACAGCUAACCUCACCUGGCCAACUUCUCAGCUGGUCUUGUUUCCUCAGACUGGAAGCCUCUGUGUCCUCAUAUCCGAGUGAAUCUCAGCUGAACUGUGCUGCUCAAAGCCUGAAAGCUUAAUCAGCCAAAUGCUUCUAGUUUCUGGUUCUCACGCCUUAUAUACCUUUCUGCUUUCUGCCACCACUCCCUGGGAUUAAAGGCGUGAGUCACCAUGCUUGACUGUAUCCUUGAACAGAUGGAUUUCUGCCUCUGGAAUGCUAGGAUUAAAGGUCUGUAUGCUCUGCUCAGUGGGCUAUCAUCUCUUCUCCUGUCAUCGAUCAGAAAAGACUUGUCGAAGAUGGAUGGCAUUGGAUUAUGCAGGGAUUUCUAUUGGAAUACUGGGCUGCUAUGUCUCGGGAGUAUUUUAUGCAUUUUACUGUAAUAAUUAUUGGCGGCAAGUGUACUUGAUCACCGUGCUGGCAAUGAUCCUGGCAGUGUUCUUCGCACAGAUCCACCCCAAUUACCUCACACAACAGUGGCAGCGGCUCCGCCCCAUCAUCUUUUGUUCUGUUUCGGGGUAUGGCGUGAUCCCUACCCUUCACUGGGUUUGGCUCAAUGGAGGAAUCAGUGCUCCUAUUGUACAGGACUUCGCACCCCGAGUAAUAGUGAUGUAUGUGAUUGCUCUUCUGGCUUUCCUCUUCUACAUUUCCAAAGUUCCAGAACGGUACUUUCCAGGACAGCUAAACUACCUCGGAUCAAGCCACCAGAUCUGGCACAUCCUUGCAGUAGUGAUGUUAUACUGGUGGCACCAGUCCACAGUGUAUGUCAUGCAGUACAGACAUAGCAAGCCUUGCCCUGACUAUGUUCCGCACCUGUAAGUUCAGGUAUGGCCACCUGGUGAAUCCAGUCAUUGAGCAAUAUGCCGUGGGGGGUUUAGACCCCAUUAUUUUUAAGGUUCCCAUUUAUUUUUUCCCCUUUUCUUCUUGUUUAAUGAGUCAUAAUGGUUUAUCAAAAUGGGGAAAUACACUUGGAUCUGUAGUAAGAACUGCGUUUGACCCUUGCAACUAUGAUUUGAUGUUUGUGCAGACGGUGAAAGUUAGACAUGUUGAGACGUGGAUGUAGGUGUGAGACGACUCUAAAAAUGGGGUGCAUUCUACAUAAGACCAGCUUCAUUUUCUUAGGAACAGCCCCUGUCUGUAAUAAAUGGAGGCAUCCUGUAUGCUUACUUUAAUAGGAGACAUUUUCAUUAAAUGACCAAAUUUGCCUCUUCAAGGCAAAGGUUGCUAUAGCCUGUGCUACUCCAAGCUCAGUGUACUGCUGAAUAAUCACACCCUUCCUCCUGUACAGCUUAUGAGAAACUGGCCCCUGAAUCAUUUCCCUUAGCCAGUUUCUCUUCUCCUUAGGAACAUUCUAUUUUUUUUUCUAAGUUUGCUAAUAAAAAAAAAUUUUAAUUCCUCCUUUGAGAAAGGUAUUGAGAAAAGAAACAUGCAUUGCUAUUUUAAAAAAUAUAUUAGGUUGGUAACUAGGGACAUGACAGAGCAACAUAUGGUCUGAUAGCCAAAUUAUCAGCUACCUAAUUUUAUUCCAAAUAUUAUUUAAUUCCAUAUUAAAUAUCAGAUUCCUGACAGUGAAUUUUGAUUCCAGCUUUCCCAAAGAACUUUCAUCUCUAACUCUAGUCCUAAGUUUCAUGAUGAUGAGUUCAAAACUCUAUGGGUGCUACUUUGAAGGCCAUGAGAUCUGAGUGGCCCUGUCUUGACCGUGAAUGAACCGUAAGCCUUAGAAGUCAUGCAGAUGUCUCAUUUGAUAGUGAGAUUAUUCACUGCUGCUCCAGGCCUGCUUAUACUUGUACUAACAUUUCAUUGACAACUUAAACAUGUAUAUAAACACCAUGUGCACUUCAGAGCUGAAGCAUUAGUCUUGUUAAUUGUAGAUCCCACUGCCCUGUCAGAUAGCAUCAUUUUUAUUCCUCGGUCUUUCUAAAUGCAUAAAUUAAAUCAUUCAUAGUAUUCAUAAAAACUUCCGUUGUCCACUGAAAUAUAAGGUAUGACCUAAGUUUCUUAGUAAGUUCACAAGCUGUUUUAAAUACUGGCAUAUUUUCAGGAAAAUGAAACUAACUAAUAUAUCAUAAAAUUUUUCUUUACAUUGAUGUUUAUUCCCUAAAUGCACUUUCUACAUCCAGUAUUAGGAAAAUUGAUAUGCUCAGUGUAUGCCUCUGCAGGGUGUUUCUUUGUAGUGUAGUGGUUUGGGAAUUUAAAAUUUCCCUUGCUAGUACAUCAGAAUUUUUUUCCCAGUGGGUUCAGUGAAGGCCACCAUUUCAUAACCAUAGUGAUGAGGGAAUGCUACUUUGAAAGUGGCUGUUGUAUCUUAGGACACAAAUUCAAUUCAUGCUCAACUUUAGAUGAUCUGGACAUAACAAAAGUUGAAUGUAUUUCUCAAAAAAAUCCAUUAUUGGCUUAUGUUGCUCUUGAAUACACAUUUUAUCAUUUUGGCCAGAAUAAAUAUACUGAGUAGUUUUUAAGUAAAAAAUGAGGAAAGUCCAGGAACUUUAGGUGUGGAGCCAUUUUUAUUCUGAACUCUUCUCAAAAGAAGUUUCAGCCUAGGUGGGUCUGGAACUUGCUAUGUAGACUAGAAUGGCCUUGUACUCAUAGCGAUCCACCUGCCUCUGUCUCCAAUGGUGUGCCACCAUGCCCAGCCCUCUAAGUUUUACUUUCUUGAAAUGCCUGGUUUCUUUUUGUACAUGAAUUCUGUAAUAAUUGCUGUAUGUGUAACACAUAAAAAGAGCAUACUUUGUUUUUAAAUAACUUUUCUUUGAAUAGUUCUGAUUCUGUAGGGACAGUUAUUCUGUAUUCUCUGAAAAUGUUUGAUAUUAUAAUUAUUGUCCUCGUCUUUUAUCUUUAUAAUGUAUUUAUUAUAAAGGAAUGACUGACUGGAUUGUUGUCAACUAUAAACACUUAUGUAUGUCAGCAUUUAUUGACCAUCUACUGUGUGCAUAACACUACUGAUAAAAAGUUUAAUUAUCACAUUAAAGAAUAUUUGACAACUGCUUACAAAUCUGAGCUUUGUAAUAAUGUAUAUUUAUUUUUAUCAGUUUAUUAAAAUAGGUUGAAAAUUGUAUUUCCAGCUACAGUAUUUUUUUAAAAAGUCAGUCUGUCUUUUACCUAUAUACAGACUACAAAAGCUAAGACUUUAAAAGUACAUUUUUAAACUAUCUCUGGCUGUUUUAAAUUAUAAAUUAUUGAGAUUCAGUUAACUCAAUAAACAGUCCUUUUUCUCUAUAAAGCCAUUUUCAAACAGCAAGGCACUGCUCAUCUCUUUGGCUUAUACUAGGUGCAGUUUGGUAGCUGCAUGGCAAAGUGUGCAUAUGUAAAUAAAUGGGGUUUACUAAACGUGGGCUGCUUGUCAUUCUUUGUGAUGCGUUACAGAUCUAAAUCACAUUUUAGGGUCAAAUGAUGAGCCAGGGACUGUCACAGCUUAUGAUCCCACUGGACAGAGGAUCCAGUUUAAAGAUUGUGCUUGCAGAGCCUAGACCUGUACAAUUCUCCACUUGUCAAGUACGUCCUAGAGAUAUCCCCUGCCUGUAUUAGAGGCCUGCACUUCUGGAUUCCUGCCAGUUUCUGAGGAGUUCCACACCCACCCAAAAAGCAUCAUUUCUUCUAAGUCCACACUCGAAGUGUGAAGCAGCUUGGCCGUGAGGGAAGGGGCAGGAGGGUCUUCUGUAUGCACUGUCACCGCAACAUCUACACUGAAGAGAAAUGUAGAUACUCUAGCACUCAGGUCCCGAGACUUUACUGUAUGUCUGUGCUGUGAUGAAUGAUCUGGAACUGAAACUUACCCUUGAAAACUUUUUUCUGAAAGGAGAGAAAUAACAGUAGGGCCCCCUUGAGGAGAGUGAACUUCUGUACCCUUGCCCAGCUUAUGUGAAAGGCCACCAAGGCCCUCAUCCUGUUCUACUACUGUGGCAUCAGACUGCUGCCUGGCGUGCAGGUAAUCCCAGCUGUGCCAGCCCUAUGUGCUUUCUUAACAUGCAACAGUUUUCAAAGGUCGUGCUGUGAAUAUGAGAAUUAACGGUGCCACACGUGAUGCUUGAUUGCCCUUUCCUAAACAGGAAUUAUUCAAAAUAAAUAGCUCAGAUAGCACUAUCUGUUCCUCUUUAGAGAGAUUAACUAUAACCAAAUCUAAACAGUGACUGCUUUGCACUGGUUACUACUUCAAAACAAGUCCACUCAUACCAAAUCAAAUGAACCUUAUUCAAGACUGAGAAACUGUCACAAGGCACCAAUCCAGACUGCAGACUGUGGAAUAUUGCAUUCUCAGAUAACACUACAACUCUGUCAUCAAUCUAAUACACAGGCCAUCUCAUGGAGAUGCCAACGCCUCUUUUCUGACAGAGUCAGGAGCUAAAAUACUUAGUCAAAUAUUGUUAAUGCUAACAGCCUUUUACAGUUGAAAAAACAAGUUACAAAUGAAAAACGAUGCCAGACAAGUUAAUUCAGAAGGCACUCUAAGACCUGGUGUUCUGACCUUCCAGUCACUGUUGGUGAAGGAGUCCUGCUAGGAAAUGUUGCAGAGGAAUGAGGCCAAGUGCAGUUUUUUAAAUCCUGAACCAUGAACUCUUGAGAGCAGAGUGCAUAAUGGAGACAGACUCUAUGGUGAGAAUGAAAGAACUAAGUAGAAUUUUAUAAUGAAACUUUUAAUGAGACAAAUUAGAAAAAAAACUCCAAAGGCAUUGAUUAUAAAGAAUAAGCAAUCCACUUGGGAUUUAUUGCAUUUAAAGAAGGCAGAUUAUUAAAACAGUAGGUAUGAUAAAUACAGUAAGAAAAUAACUUUAAAUCUCAAACAAAAUAGUGAACAGAAUUCGAGACUAAGCAAUGUAAAGGCAAUAAGGUAAUAAAAUUAGUGCUUAACUGGGUAUGGGGAAGCAACUGAAUUCUAUUUCAUAAGUUUCCCAACUACACUUGAGGGCUUAAGUUACUUUAGCAAGUAUGUUUUAUAACAAUUAGAAACAUAACUAAAGAUAUAAAUCCAGGUUUUUUUUUUUAAAGAUUAAAGGUAUUUGCUUAGUGGCACACAAAAGGCUUCAGAAAAUUCAAGUUUAACAAAACUGGAAGUGUAAUCAAAGAAAGUGCACUUUAAGCUGUUUGCCAGCAAUUAAAAGGAGCUUCCAGGCUGGGGAUGGAGCUCAGCGCUAGAACGCUUGUCUAGCAUGUGCCAGGCCCUGGGUUCGGUUCCCAGCACCACAAAAGGAAAAACCAAGUGGCUACUACUCCUUCUAUGGGACGACUUUUCAGUCACAAAAAGCACAUAGUAAUAAAAUCAGUUCUCUUCUGAAAGUAGCACUGGGAAUUUUAAAAUUAAAAAAAAACAAAAACAAAAACCCUAAAACAGACCCAACCCUCUCUGUAUUUCCAUCUACUUCUUCCUUUUAGUGGCUUUUGUAAACCCUCUCUAGGAGUGGAUGCUCUUUAAAAAAAAAAAACAGACAUGAUUGCCAUUUUUAAAUUCACAUUAAUUCCCUAA